AUGAGCGCACCCGAAAAAACUGUGGAAAAUGUCGUACCCACAGACCAAGUAGAGAAGCCAGAGGAAUCUACAAAACAACCAAACCAAGAAGUAGAAACAAAAGACAAAAGUUACACACCUCCACCACCAUAUAAACCACAUAUUCCAUAUCCGCAGAGACUUAAGAAAACCAAGAUGGAAAGUCAAUACCAAAAAUUUAUCAAGGUGAUAGAAAAACUUCACGUAGAAAUCCCUUUUACAGAAGCAAUCACCCAAAUGCCAUCAUAUGCUAAAUUCCUGAAAGACAUAUUGUCUAACAAGCGCAGACUCGACGAUCCUAAACCCUUAGAAUGCCAUUCCAUCUCCGAGAAUAAACUUGCCAAGAAAGACAAAGACCCUGGAAUUUGUAAGAGGUUAAACUUGGGAGAACUUCAACCGACUAAAAUGUCCUUACAAUUAGCUGAUAGAUCUGUCAAAUACCCUAUAGGCAUACUAGAAGAUAUACCAGUUAAAAUAGGUCAGUUAUAUAUUCCGAUUGAUUUCAUAGUAAUGGAUAUUAAGGAAGAUGAAUAA